GCUCCAUCUCCACCGCCUCCGAAGGCAUCUACGGCGGCGACCGGGGUACUGAUAGUCCUAAUAGUGGGGAUAGUGAUGGGAGUGUUGAUUAUUAUUGUGGCGGUGGGCUUUUGUGUUAUUUGGCGUAGGAAGAAGAGAAGACGAGCGAAUAACAAUGGGUCUGAUGAUCUCCCACAGGGAGCCAGAGAUCAGUUCUCCGAUGCCAACCUUCUUGGCGAAGGUGGCUUUGGUUUUUUACAUAAAGGAGUCCUUCCUAAUGGGAAAGAGGUUGCAAUUAAGCAUCUGAAAUCUGGAAGUGUACAGGGGGACCGUGAGUUUGGGGCAGAGGUUGAGAUCAUUAGCCGUGUCCAUCACAAACACCUUGUUUCACUGGUUGGAUACUGCGUUGCUGGUGCCCAGAGAAUGCUUGUUUAUGAGUUCAUCCCAAACGUCACCUUAUAUUUUCAUCUACAUGGAAAGGAGAGACCGGUUAUGAACUGGCCAACCAGAAUGAAAAUAGCUCUAGGCUCUGCAAAAGGAUUGGCAUAUCUGCACGAGGACUGUCACCCGAAGAUCAUACAUCGUGACAUCAAGGCAGCUAAUAUUCUUCUGGAUGAUAACUUUGACGCAAAGGUUGCAGAUUUUGGGCUUGCUAAGUUUUCAGCAGAUACUGAGACCCAUAUCUCCACUCGGGUGAUGGGAACUUUUGGUUACUUGGCUCCAGAGUAUGCUGCUAGUGGAAAGCUCACUAUGAAGUCAGAUGUCUUCUCCUUUGGAGUUGUGCUUUUGGAGUUGAUUACUGGACGCGAACCUCACGAUAAAACUCAAUCCUUCCCUGACGGUAGCAUGGUUGAGUGGGCUAGGCCUUUGCUCAUGCGAGCUUUGGAAAAUGGCAACUUUGAUGCUCUUGUUGAUCCAAGGUUGCAGAAUGAUUACAACUCUAGCGAAAUGUCCCGAAUGGCAACUUGUGCUGCUGCUUGUGUGCGUCAUUCGUCCCCACAGCGGCCAAGAAUGAGCGUGGUAGUUAGAGCUUUGGAAGGAAACCUUUCUCCGGAUGAUCUAAAUGAGGGAAUCAAACGGCCUGAGCAAGGCAUGGCUUUUGCUACUGAUCAAGGCAGGAGUCAAUACAAUCAAGCUGACAUGAACAAAUUCACGUGGAUGUCACUUGAAAGCCAAGAGCAAUGCAACGGAGAGAGCAGCGAACCUAACAACGACUCUGCUCCUCUCCAAUCUAGCGAAAGCCAACAAACUACCCAAGAUAUGGAUUUAGGAAAAGUUGAUUUAGGGUGUGUUUAAGAAUGAUUUCCAAUACUUAUUUUCUUUUGUAUCUUCAUCUUCUUCCCCUACUCUCUAAUCUUUGGAGGUGCUACAUUCGAAGUGAGAGCCAUUCUCAGUACAUUUUUUAUCUAGUAAUUUUGGAUGUGUUACACUAUCUUUCUUGA